GGGAAUUCGACCUUCAGUUCUGAUGGUUCAUUCCCAGGCGCCCCUCAAUGACCGCAACACAUGACAUCAGUGCGCUCACCUUUCGCGACGCCAACCGAGCGGCUCGCAACCUACUUCGAUGUCGCACAGCCUCGGGCCACCUUCGAAGAUCGCGAUAUAGACGACGUCGCUCUACUCCUCGAGCAAUGCGGGCAUGUCGCCUCGACAUGUCCUCGAACAUACAUUCUCUUUCGAACGAUAGGGCACUUGGAUAUACUUGAGCAGCUAGUAAAAGUGGGGUUCAGCGACCAGUGGUUUCCUGUCGAGACGCGCAGUCUCCCCAGCUUUCUAGAACCAAGCGUCAAGGCGGCCGUGGUUCAACAACAAGGAAUUAUCCUGACAAAAUCACUUGAUUUGGAAAAUGGCAGACAUCGACACUUUGUAGCCGAAGAAGCUUUGCCAUUUGAGAUACUCGGAAGGCUAGGCAGCAGUGGAUACGGUCAGGUCGACAGAAUAGUGAGCAAAACGAGCUCACGACAAUAUGCGCUCAAGCGCAUUCGCAGACGAGCUGCUUUCGGAAACAGCUCCUCUCGUGAAGCUGUCAAAGGCUUCUUGACCGAAAUGAAAAUCAUGAGGAACUUGAAACCAGCAUAUUGUUCAGUAUAUUGGCAGCUACACGGACAAGAGUUAUCUAGGCCUGGUUAUGUCCCCAGUUGCGGAGACGGAUCUCGCUACCUACAACGAACGUCUCUGUGAAUAUCUUCAAGCGACCCAAGCUGACCGAGUCUCUUCCCCGUUCCAUUUGCAGGAUCAGCCAGCUGCAGUAGAAAUGUCAUCAAAUUUGAAGACCUUCUUUGGCUGUCUUGCCGCCGCGCUCACGGCCUUUUAGUACCUUCACGAUCAAAACAUUCGCCACAAAGACAUCAAGCCGCAGAACAUCU